CCCUUUAUGAAAAAACCAAAGUAGCAAGCCAACUAAAUUAGGUCAGUCCAAUUUUAACAUUUGGGGGAAGUAAACUCCAAAGAACCCAUUUUUAUAUUUAAUAUUCACCGGCUGAUCAAACACUCCUCCUCCAAUCGGGCCGAUCCGCAAUCCUUACGAUCCCAAACCUUCCCUCCACCCAAAAUCCGAUUCUCCGAUCUCACAUCGCCGCCCAAAAUCGACCGGGCAAACCGACCGCCGCCCAUGAGCACUCCAUCACUCUCAGGGAGCGCGGGUGCGUUCUCUGGGUUCACUCGGCUAUGCAAGGGCUUGGCGGUGGUUCUUAUUGGAGGCCACAUUGUGGUUCAGCUUCUCCCUCACGCCGUUGAUUACCUCGCUCUCAUUCCCGCCAGGACGAUUCCUUUUGUCUGGAACCUCAUUACAUCCGGUUACAUUGAACAAUCAAUAUAUGGGGUUGUUAUCAGCACUCUUGGUCUUCUUUUUAUAGGGAAGCUGCUUGAACCUGUGUGGGGUUCUAGGGAGUUCUUGAAGUUCAUCUUUGUUGUUAACUUCCUAACUUCCAUAUGCACUUUCGUCACUGCUAUCGCUAUGUACUACAUUACAAUGACGGAAUUUUACCUAUAUAUGCCUGUUUCUGGCUUCCACGGAGUCCUUUCAGGUUUCUUAGUUGGCAUCAAGCAAAUCAUCCCCGACCAGGAGUUGCCGUUGUUGAAAAUAAAAGCUAAGUGGUUACCAUCUAUCUCGCUAUUGUUGUCCAUUGCCAUAAGCUUCUGGACAGAAAAGUCAGCAACACAUCUUCCAAUCUUAAUAUUUGGAACCUAUACUAGUUGGAUUUACCUAAGAUACUGGCAGAGUAAACCAGAAACAAAACUCAAGGGUGACCCAAGUGAAGAUUUUGCAUUUUCUACAUUCUUCCCUGAAUUUUUGAGGCCAGUCAUCGAUCCUGUUGCAUCUAUAUUCCAUCGGAUGCUCUGUGGAAGAUCUGAAGCUUCCAAUGAAUCCCAAGGUUACACCCUGGGCAGUACGUCAUUGCCUGGAUCUGACCCCAUUGAAGCAUCAAGAAGAAGAGAAAGAGGUGCUCGAGCUCUCGAAGAAAGAUUGGCAGCUGAGAGGCUGGCUGCAGCGCACGGAACAGAAGAGUCAGGAAGAGAUGCCGCGGAGAAUGUUUAAUUGCUUGGGAACUCGUGUCGUUUCUGUUCUUUGAAGAGGAGGCUUUUCUAUUUUUUUCUGUGUGUUCCCGCUCUCCGUAGAAAUUCGAAAGAGGCACGCGAUGUGGAUCUCUCUUGAAACAUUUGGGGCCAUUUUUUCAUGUUGUACAAAUACAUCUUCUAGCAUAUAUAUAUAUAUUUGUAUCUUGGAUUUAAAAGGAUGCUUGUUUGAUGGGACGCUGUUUAUUCCUGAUUUAGUCUCAAUACAAACACUCAUUUGAUAA